AUUAACUACGAACUGAAAAUACUGUCAUUGUCGGAAGUUUUUUCAAUAAAAAUUUUAUGUUUGGCUGGUUGCUAAAAACAAUUUACGGUUGCUUUAGUUUGUAGGGAGCUUCAGUUGAACAAACAUGGACAAUUUGAACCUAUAUGAAGUGCUGGGAGUUGCUCCGGAUGCAACCGAGAAAGAAAUUAAAAAGAACUAUCGCAGAUUGGCCAAAGAAUUCCAUCCAGAUAAAAAUCCCGAUGCUGGUGACAAGUUCAAGGAGAUUGCUUUUGCCUAUGAGGUGCUGUCCGAUCCGGAGAAACGUCGUAUAUACGACCGUCAUGGCUUAAAGGGGCUGCAGGAGGGCGCCGAAGGUUUUGCCGAUGCCUCCGAUCUCUUGAAUCAAUGGUUUCCGUUCGGUGGUGCCGCCGGCGGUCGUCCCAAGCGGGAGGGAAAAGUUUUCAUGAAACUGGAUCUAACGCUGGAGGAGAUUUAUGUUGGUGGCAUGAAGAAAACAGUUGACUACAAUCGCCAGAAGUUGUGCAGCAAAUGCAACGGCGAUGGUGGGCCCCAGGACGCACAUGAGAGCUGUGAGGCUUGUGGCGGUGUCGGACGAACAGCUGCUUUCACCUUCAUAGGGCUAAGCCCCUUCAAUGCAAGCUGCCCGGCAUGCGAUGGACGUGGUUUUACCAUCAAAGACAACAUGAAAUGUAGCCCAUGUCGUGGCAGUGGCUUUGUGGAGGAGAAAAUGAAACGGGAUCUGAUUGUGGAGCGUGGAGCUCCAAACAUGCUGAAGGUGUCCUUCAACAAAGAGGGGCAUCAGAUGCGUGGCGGCGAAUAUGGCGAUCUGAUUGUCGUGCUCGCCCAGCAACACCAUCCAACCUUUGAACGACGUCACGCUAAUCUCUAUAUGAAUGACCUGGAGAUUAGCAUAACCGAGGCUCUCUGCGGCUAUGCGCAUUGUUUCGACCAUCUGGAUGGCCGUCCCGUAUGUUUGCGCACCCAACCUGGCCAGGUGUUGCAGCACAAUCACAUCAAGAUGCUGCGUGGCGGUGGCAUGCCCGUUUUCAACUCGCCCACCGACAAGGGUGAUCUUUAUAUGAAGUUUAGGGUGAAUUUCCCUGAGAACAAUUUUGCCACGCCAGUGCAGAUGGCCCAGUUGGAGGAAGUGCUGCCGCCCAAGGAACGCAUUGUCAUUCCAGAGGGAGCCGAGGUGGUUGAGAUGAGCGACUACAAGCCACAAGCGCGUCCUAAUCCAAGCGGGGAUGAUGAAGAGCACGGACAAUCGCCCCACUUUGAGAACGUCCAGUGCCAGACGGCUUAGUUGUUGUGGCUACUGCAGGCUCUAUACUUUUGCUUUGAUCUUUGGCAGCUACUGUUCACGCUCAGCGUGGACGAGAUCUGCUUUCUGUUGCCGCUAGUCGUCUUAAUAUGCAUAGUAUUAUUUAUCAUACAGGAAUGUUUGCUGUGAAAAGCGCGUGAUCAAAAUUUUUUAGUAUAUGUUACUCGUAAGGCGCAGUCAAGACAAAGCUUAGCCGGAUGCAUCGUUGAUCGUUCAUUAAUCUCACUUAAUUAUCGGACGGCUUACACUCUCUAAUCUAAACUAUUUUUUGGUUUUUCUAAACUAAACUAACCAUUUACCAAAUACACAUUUAUCUCACUGUAGAAAUGAUAAAAACAA